AUGCUACCAGCAACAUUCAAACUGUGCUGUGGAAUUUCACAUCAACAUUUCAGGAACAUGACAGGAUUGAAAAGAAUUGCAGGCGCUGCACUAGCACAUGAGCUGAGAAGAAUGAAAAUAAAAGAACAUUUUCUGUCAGGCAACUGGGAUAUUCUAACCCAGAAAAAGAAGUUUCAGGGAGCUCUUAAGGCUGAAGAGGAAGGCUUGGAAAGAAACAAGACUUUUAACGCAGAAGAACUCUCCUAUGUUAAGCAAGGGGAAGAUGCUUUACAAAAAGCUCUGGGCAUUUUAAACCAGGAUGCUGAAUGGACAACAGAAAUCAAAAUGGAGAAUGGUGACAAUGUUGUGAGCAAAGUUCUGCCUGGAAUUGGAAAAGUCUUCAAAUUAGAGGCUGUGCUGGAUGCAACUAUGGAACACGUGUAUAAUGAACUUUAUGAAAAAGUAGAUCAAAUGAGCUUGUGGAAUCCAAGCGUCAAACACAUAAAUGUCCUGCAAAAAAUUGGUAACGAAACCAUGGUAACAUAUGAAAUCAUGGGAGACACAGCUGGCAACAUCAUUGGGCAGAGAGACUUUGUGAGCGUUAGGCAUUGCUGGAAAGAAGAAUCACUUUGCUACUUGACUGGAAUAGCCACACAGUCCAAGUUCAUGCCACCACAGAAAGGCUUUGUGAGAGCCGAAACUGGGAUUUCCUGCAUUAUCCUACAUCCAACAGACAACAAGAAGACUCAAUUUACUUGGCUUCUCAGCAUGGAUCUUAAGGGUUGGCUGCCAAAAUCCCUUAUCAAUCAAGCAUUAUCGCAGGCACAGGUGGAUUUUACAGAACAUUUACGCCAGCAACUUUCUGCUAGCUUGUUUUCUAUAUCCUGCUGA